AUGAUACAAGUGUGUCGUGACCCUCAACCGCUGCCGAUGGGACCACGUUGUCAGCCAGAGGACCAUCACAUCAAAGUUGAGACAAGUGACUCGUUCAAAAUCGAACGACCACAGCCGAAAUACGCUGACGGGCGACGAACCAGCGCACCGGCGAUUCUAUGGAGCCCUGCAAAUCUCGUCGAUGACAAGAUGCGGUUCCAGCCAACCACGUCGACAGUCGACUCGAUCAGCUUAUUGCAACGUCUUCUAGAAAGACAACGAGUGCUGGCCUCCCAGAUGAGCAAUGAGUCAGCCAGCCCAGACUCC